UUAACUGUUAGGUGCUCACUACCUUACUCACCCGAGCCUCAGCUUCGUGUGUUCGGUGCCCAGGCUCCGAAUCCGAACCUGCACCCUCGAAAAACAACAGAAGCAAACCGAAGCAGGAGAGAGAAAACCAAAGCAGUUUUAGAGAGAGAGAAGAUGGUUCAGAUCGCGAGGAGGAAGAAGGGACGGCCGUCGAAGGCGGAUCUGGCCGCCCGUCGCGCCGCUCAGUCACCGGAAACCGCGGAGGAGCAGCAUGACAUCCGUCGGAGCCUCCGCCGCCGGAACGUCAGGUACAACAUCAUCGACUACGAUGACGAUUACGUCGACGAGGAGGACGAGAGGAGGCGCGAGAAGAAGAAGCUCAAGCUAAUGGCCAAGCUGAACCAGGGCGAAGAUGAAGAAGAAGGAGGGGAGUGGGAGGCGCGUGAGGAUCACUCGCCAGAGGAGGAACAACAGAACGGCGGCGAAUUCGAUGUGGAAGAGAAACAUAAAGAAACAGAAGCGGAAGACAGUGUGGUAAAGGGUAGAAAAGUGGAUUUGAAAGGGCUCCACUCUGUUUCUGUUUCAGGAGCUCCUGCAAAUACUGCAUCUGGGAUUCCAUUGCCUGAUCAGAAGACUCUGGAAUUGAUUCUUGACAAGCUUCAGAAGAAGGACAGGUAUAGCGUAUUUGCAGAGCCGGUUGAUCCGGAAGAGCUUCCUGAUUAUCAUGACGUGAUUGAGCAUCCCAUGGACUUCACCACCCUGAGGAAGAAGUUGGCAAAUGGAUCUUAUUCUACAUUGGAACAAUUUGAGAGUGAUGUUUAUUUAAUUAGCUCAAAUGCAAUGCAAUACAAUGCACCAGAGACUGUAUACUACAAACAGGCGCGGUCAAUACAAGAACUAGCGCAGAAGAAGUUUGAGAAGUUAAGGAUUGACUCUGAAUGCUCUCAGAUUGAGCUGAAGUCGGAGCAAAACAUGCGACCUAAUUCUCUGGUUAAGAAGCUAGUAAAGAAGCCACUGGGUUGUGCUUCACAGGAACCUGUUGGCUCUGAUUUCUCCUCAGGGGCCACUCUUGCGACUAUUGGAGAUGUGCAGCCAAUUUUUCAUCCAAUGCAACAUGUUAGCUAUGGGAGGUCUGGCAACUUUGAUGGUAUCAUAGAGGGGAAUACUUUCUUCAUCGAUGCAAAUCAAGAGAAAGCUGAGGACGUUUUGUCAGGGAAGGGCCUGCUCUCUAAAUUGGGAAGGAAGUCCUUUGUGCUUGAUGACAAUCGUCGUGCAUCUUAUAAUAUGUCUAUGCAACCAAUUACUAGAUCAGAUUCAGUAUUUAUGUCCUUUGAGAGUGGAAUGAAGCAGCUGGUUACUGUUGGGCUUCAUGCCGAAUAUUCUUAUGCUAGGAGUUUGGCUCGUUUUAGUGCUUCUCUAGGACCCAUUGCUUGGAAAAUUGCUUCCCACAGGAUUCAACAGGUACUGCCAGCUGGCUCUAAAUUUGGUCGUGGCUGGGUUGGAGAGUUUGAACAGCUUCCAACCCCAAAUUUUGUGCACCAUAAUGAUAAUGAUGUUCGAAAAGAAACUAGUUUGGUUGCGAAGUUGCAUUCCCCUGCUGAACUUCCGAAGUGUGACAAAAACUGUAAGAGUGUGGAGUCCACCAUUGAACAUCCUGUUAAUGGACAGAUGCUUGAGGGAAAACAUCCGGCACUUGGUCCUACUAGUGGGCUUGCACCGGGAGGAAAUCCUGUUAUGUUUGGGUCUGUAGGAGUUAGACCCAAUGCUCCUGUAAACCCUCUAAAUCAGCAGCAGAAUGUCCAAUCCAGGAACUUUGGAAAGUUUGAGAAUAAUAGUUUGGACAAAGUGGAGUCGAAUUCUGUACCCUCAAUUAACCAGAAUAAUUCCAGUUUGGUUACAAACUUUGCAUGUAACAUUCCUACAGCUAAUGCUCCUACUGAAGAUUCUAAGCCCAAAGAGAUGGUGUCAGGGAGCAUGAAUGCUUUGCCAUCUACGCCUUUCAAGCAGCCAGAUACUAAUGGAGUUGUUGGUGGAGAGUUGCAUAAUGGAAAAGUCACCAAUAGUUUGAAUAGACAGGUGACUGGUCCAUCAUCUGAAACUAUAUCAAGCCAAACAGGAAGAGCUACUCGUUUUUCUGUUCAUGGGCAGGACCAGGGUCUCAGUAACCCAGUCCAGUCGAUGAGAAUGUUCACUGAAAAGGCUCAAAAGCAGCAGACUUCUAACCAUUCAGCAGUUGAUACUUCACCAAUGACAUCAUCAACUCCAUCUGGACAAAGAGAUGACUCGAGCAAUGCUUCAUCAGAAGCUGCUCGUGGGUGGACGUCUGUAGCGGUGGGAGGGUUCAAACAAGAACCUGACCAUUCUAGUUCACCCAAGAAUCAGAUUUCUGCAGAUUCUUUGAAAAACCAAACUAGGGAGUUCCAUCAGCAUCUUUCACGAAAUCGGGGGGAGUUUUCUUCUGGUGGAAUGUCUGUCCAGUAUGAUAAGAACAACUUCCCAUUUCAAGCCUUUGUACCUCAACCUAUUCAACCAGGUGCUGUUUCUCAGUUUCCAAACCAACAAAUGGUUUCCCCUAAAUUAGCAUCUGCUGACCAAACUAGGUUUCAAAUGCAGUCCCCUUGGCGAGGUCUGAGUCCUCAAGGCCAGCAGGCCCAGCAGAAACAAGAAACCCUUCCGCCUGAUUUGAAUAUUGGUUGUCAGUCUCCAGGGUCACCUGGGAAACAAUCACAGCAACCGGACCUAGCUUUGCAACUAUGAAAUGGGAUUGCUGUCUUGGUGUGUGGAUGUUUCUUCAGGAACUCGAAUAGUCACGGAAUUCGCAGCUCCUGAAAUUGGAUGUUGAAUUUCAAUCCUAAAAGGCUCUUCAUUAAUAUGAAACAGCCAAAAGUCUGCUUGGAUUGGGAUUUAGCACAAUAUGUCCUGAGUCAAAAUGAGUUUGCAGAUGCAGAAGACUUAGGUGAAUUUUACACAAAAUAACUUACACCCACAUACAGUCUUCUCUAGAUGAGGGUGACUGACUCAGGAAUCGUGUAUCUGCGCGUCAAUUGAUUAUGAUCACUAGCAAGCAAAAGAUAUUAAUGAUGUCUUUACAAAUUGAUGAAAUUCGGUUGCCUUGGAUAUUUCGCUCAUUUGAUGACUACAUCUGUAUCUGAAUUGGUGAUAGGUGCAUUACUUCUUAGUUCUGCCAUCAUUUUGUACAUGAGAUUUACAUGUUAUUAAUUAAAAACCAUUGUUUGCUU